AACACUACACACUCCUGCCCCGGCUUGCUGAUAUUCUGUAACUAACUAGACUAGCACUUGACAAAAAAACACAAACACAAUACGUUGACUGGGUCAAGGUGGCAGGCCAGUAACGAUUCAUUUUGAUGAGGAAAAUACAACCAAAGUUUAUACCCGUGUUUAGGCCUAGAUGAUUAGAUGUAGCAAAAAGAAAGGAAUAAACAUUGGAUAGUGUUCAGCGGUCAAGUUACACUAUUAUAAAAUAGUCUUGACCUCUUCUGGGGUGAGGUCCUGACAGGCAAUAAAGAUUCCAUAAUGAAAGGAUUGAGAGUUGUUAGAGGUCCAGACUGGGAAUGGGGGGAUACCGACGGUGGCGUUGGUCACGUGGGCACAGUCAUAGACUUUGACGAGGAUGAGAAGACGGCCACGGUCAUUUGGGACAGUGCAAGUUCAGAGAUUAAGUACCGGGCCGGAAUGAAUGGUGCUUUUGAUCUACUUGUUUUGGAUAAUGCCCAAACAGCUGUGAUACACCCUACAAUCUCAUGUGAUGAAUGUGAAGAAAAUGGAAUCAAAGGACUCCGCUGGAAGUGUGCUGUUUGUCCAAAUUAUGACCUCUGCUCCUCUUGUUACCACAGUGACAAGCACAACAUGUGCCAUAAAUUUCUGAGAUAUGAUACCUACCAUGGAAUAGGGCCUACACUUUUGGCAGCGAGAGGAUGUAGUCAAAAUGAAAAACAACAAUCUCAAGGUAUAUUUACUGGAGCUGUUGUAUCCAAGGGUGUAAAUUGGAUUUGGAAUAAUGAAGAUGAUGGAGAUGGUGCCAUUGGAUUAGUUGUAGAUAUUGAGGAUUGGGGCGUUACAUAUAGGUCAAAGGUUCAAGUGAUGUGGGCCAACAAAACAUGUUUUAACUACAGAGUCGGUCAUCAGGGUAUAGUAGACUUAACCUGUAGGCUAGCUGCUGAUGGUGGGCAGUAUUAUGAAGGUCACUUACCACUUUUAGGUAAAGAUACAGUGACAUCAGAAGGACCAAUGCUACCUACAGGCUACAUUGAUCAACAUUUACACUUGAUAGAGCCAAAUAUAUCAUUUGAUGUGUGUGCUGUUAUGAAUAUACUUCAGGAAUAUCGGACUACUAUGGUCGAAUAUACCAUUAGGCCUGGAAUCAGAGUUGUGCGCGGGCCUAAUUGGGACUGGGAUGACCAAGAUGGUGGUGAAGGCUAUGUGGGUACUGUUUUUGACAUUGAUCCUUCCAAUUUCGCAAAUGUUCUUUGGGAUAAUGGUUCAAAGUUCAGGUACAGGAUAGGCUAUUGCAACAACUUUGAUCUUCGCAUUCUGGACACUGCACCAAGUGGUGUGGUUCACAAAACUGUCCUAUGCAAUUCUUGUCGGUGUUAUAUUCAAGGUAUUCGCUGGAAAUGUACGUCUUGUUUUGAUUUUGACUUAUGUUCAGCUUGCUACAACAGUGACCAGCAUGAUAUCACACAUACCUUUUGGAGAUAUUAUGAGUUAUCAGAAAACAGAGUUUUGGUGCCUUGUCGAAGUAAAAGUGUUAAGAUCAUGAGUAGGGGAAUUUUCAAAGAUGCCAUAGUCUGCAGAGGACCAGAUUGGCAAUGGGGUGAACAAGAUGCAGUUAUAGAUGUGGUUUCAAGUAGCCAAGGGACAGAACCUUCCCCAGUAGAUACAGACAGUGUUUUAUUGAAAAGAAAAAUCACUUAUGCCUUCACAGAUUUGAUACAGCCUUUGGACAUUUUAAGUGUCUUUCACAAAUACAACUUACAUAUCUUGACUGAGAGAGAAAUAGAAGACAUACGAGUGGAGACAACGUUUAAAGGGAGGUUUAAAGGAGCUGAGAUGUUGCUUGAUAAACUUUACAAAUACAAAGGUUGGUUUCAGUGUCUGUUGAAUGUGCUCCAGGAUGAGAAAGUGAAACUAAGAGAUCUGGCAAGUAGUUUGGAUAAACUAAAACAUGACCUGCUACAUGAAACUGUAAGUCAGGCAAGUGGGCUGCAAAGUGACCACCCGCAGCCUGUUCAAACUAAAAGCUAUGGCCAAGGAUUGGUUUUAUCAAUAAAGUCUUGGGAUGAAACAGCUAAUUGCGCUGCUCGUGUGCAAUGGGACAACCAUUCACAGUUUGAGUACCGUGUGGGCUAUAUGGGAAAGGUUGAUCUCAAAUUGGUGAAAGCAUCAGAUGGAGGCUAUUACUACAGGGACCAUUUGCCAAUAUUAGGUAAAACUGAAACAGAAGAGGAAUGUGAACCCAAUACUGCUAAUAAAUGUCAAUUUUCUCAAGAAGAAUUGGCUACAGAUCCAGACAUGCUACUGAAGGUUGAAAGUUUAAAAAUCCUUAUGAGACAGGCACAUAUUGAGUCAAGUGAUGAAGCAAGUGAUGAAGCAAGUGAUGAAGCAAGUGAUGAAACAGAAGAUGAUUCUGAUUGAUGCUGGUAAAAGUUUGUUUUACAUGUUUUGGUACAGAAAAUACUAAAUCCUACUCCAAACCUCUCAAAGAGCUACGGGGGAUGGUGUGCAUGGUUCAAGCCAUGAACCUUUGAGAUCACAGUAAAAAAAUCCAAGCACCCUUUUCUACAGAGGGGAAAAACUCUUUAGCAAAGCAAAAUUCAGUGAAGAUAUUAUCCAAUUAACUGAGUAGCUUCUUUGUGUGGUGGAUGUUUGUUUCCUUUCAUUUUUGAAGUCAAUGAUUUUAAGUUUCUUUUAAAAAACUUUCAAUCUGAUGUUUGCUGCUAAAAGUGCUUUAUGUAGGCCUGUUUCAGAGUAGCUUGGGCAUUGUGCACACUUGUGGAUGAUUUUUACUUUUUGUACAUUUGCAUUCUAUAAAUUACAUUUUGUGAGCGGCUUUUUCUAUUCAAUUUAAAUUGUUAUAAAAGAUAUUAUAAAUUAUAACUCUAUAUGUUUAUAUCACUGUUAAUGUUUCUGAAAAGAUCAUGAGAAUCUACACAACGAAUCUAGAGUAAUUAUAUUUUUAUUCAAGCAAUCGACCUUAUUAUUUUGCUGUUGAUAAUAAUCUCCAUUAAUUGGAAAGUUAUAGAGGUUUUGCUAUUGCCAAAAUCUAGCAUUACGAUUUCUUCCAGUGAAGAAAGUUUCAGCCAACUUGUGAUUUUGAACUGCUGAUUCAUUUUCCACACUGGUGAAUGUAAUAGUUUGGCCUUUGUUAUCACAAAGUGAUAACAAAAACAUUGAAACUAUCGACAGUAAUAUGAUGAGGCGAUCAUAAUGCUUCAUUAUUAGGCCAUGUUCACAAAGGGAAGUUUAUAUAUUAAAUGUAGAUAUUUUUUUGAAAACCAUUGUUUAUGUCAGAAACAUGAUAUUUUUAAGUCACAGGUAAUUGUUAAAAGGAGGAACUAUUAACACUCAGUUAUACCAGUUUUGAUGGUCAUAGAAGCAGUGUAAUAGAAUGAUUGGCUGUGAAAUAGAAACUCCUAUUUUGAUACCUUUAUAGAUAUGAUUCUUUUGCUUUCAAUAUGUUAUGCUUAUGUGUUAAUAUAAACUUAUAUUGAAUUAAUGAUUAAUGAUAUCUCAAAUUGUGUGAGAUAUGUCAUCCAUGUAGACAAGUUUUAUUCAGACAUCACACAAUUGCGUCUCAUAGGAUAUUUGCAGCUCUGAUAAAAUAUUACCUCAAGGUUAAUCUUUUUGGUUUAUGUUGUUAAUUCUAAGCUUUGGAAAAGAACUGGUUUGAGACUCCUCCAUUUGUUCAAAUGGUCAGACAUUAUGGGACAAGGACCUGUUACAGGAUAUAAGUUAACAUGAAGGCCACCUUUUGUAGUGAUUUAGUUGAAGUUAAUCAUAUAUAUAGCAUAACAGAACUAUAUAUGUUUAUGCUAUUACAAAAAAAAAAAAAAGAAAUUUUAAUUGAUACACAACUAACCAAAGUAGACAAUUUAAAAUAAGCUUUCAAUACUUUCACAACAGUAUGUUGUUAGUAAUGUGUAUAUUUCAUAUAUGUAUAUUUUAUGUUAUAAUGAUUAUCAAGACAAGUCUUAAAAUUGGUUUUCCACUUCCUUGCUGAAUAGGUUUGUAGCUAAUUCAUAUCUGAACAUUUUUAUUUUUAUUAAUUUAGUAAAAGAAAAAUAUUAAAAUACAUUAACGAAUUAUUUUUAAAUAAUCAAUUGGAUUAAUGCUUGAAUUUAGUUUGUUUUUGUGUGCUGAAUUGUGAUAGUCAGUAGCAUUUUUAUGUUAUUUUAAUUGCUGUCAUGAUUUUCCUUUCACCUGACUUUUGAAAACCAAGACACAAAACAAUUGCUUCCAUUUUUUAAGGCUUAUAAACUAAUUUUUUCCACAUUACUUUUACUCCCAUUUAAUUUAAUACAAAUAGUAUUAGUAUUAAAGAAAUCUUUGUACAAUAUCAUUUGAGAAAGUCGACUGCGUUUAGAAGAGGUUUCCACAGAACAGAAAAGAAAUUCGCCAUUGAUGUGCUUAAAAUAGUCACGUAAAAACUUUUCAGAAUGGAUAGUAUGGCAGGUAAAACUAGAACCCAUCUGUGGGCUAAAAUUUGUUAACCCCUUUUAGUGUUGUCUUCGUUAGUUGGUUCUUGUUUUUGCUGUAAAUAUU